CGCUGUAGCACGUGUAGUGAGCUCGGCUGAGGCCCCCGGAUUGAGCAUCUCCAACAGCUGUUUUAUAGCCCCAAAUUGUGUUGACGCGAGGGCUUAUCAGCCAUCGUUUUCUUUACCCCUCAUCCAGCCGUCCGUUCACAUGGGUUGUUGGCUGAACAAGAAACAGAGUGAACUUGAGGGAUAUAUAUGACUAGCUAAGUCCUGCUCCUUCGCUUGCGGUUGUCUGCACCAUGGCUUUAUUCUUCCGAUGAAAGCUCUCAUCGGUAUACAAACAGUAGUACUACCUAGGUAUGUAGUACGUAUGCAGCAAUGGCAACAUGUGAACCAAGAGACUCCGGCGUUUCACUCACGCCAUUUUUCGACCGCUGCAAGCUCCCGCCAAUUGUCCAAAAUGAUUGCGAUGCAUACGUCAAGUUAAAGUACUCCGAGCCAACACGAACCGCCUCGUUCCAGGGUUAUUGCUCAUACACAGUCUUUGUUGGCGAGCAAACGGUUGUCCAAUUCAGGCCGCUGGCUCAUAAGCUCGAUGUGGAAAUCUCUAACACCGCCUGCGAGAUCUUUGGGUCGUUAGCUCCCGAAACCGAGUGCCUCGGGGAGUUGGAAGGCACUGGUCUUUACAUUUAUUCUAUGAGAAGGAUACCGGGCGUGUCACUGGCAGACUUUCGUGCAAAAGUCGACUUUCUGCAAGUGAGAUCCCAGCGGGAGCUAAUAGUCCGAGAUUUUGCGCAUCUGCAAGCCACUGCUUGGGACCAUGCGAUAAGUCAUGAAAAUAUCUCGAGGAGAAGAACGGUGGGCUCCUCGAUUCGUUGGCGGUUAGAGCUUAUGGCCAAUAACCUACCCCUUCGCUUUCGCCGCAUCGCAAAAUCUAUCCUUCUCGAUCUUCCAGAGAUAGAAGCCUUGCCCUGGACAUUAAGCCAUGGCGAUUUUCUUCCUUCGAAUAUCAUUGUAAACCCAACGUCUGGAAAGCUUUCGGGACUGAUCGACUGGACGGAGGGAGAGUUCCUACCCUUUGGAAUUGGCAUGUAUGGGCUGCAAGAGCUCCUGGGAGAGGACAGGGGCGGCCACUUCGUCUUCUACCCCGACGCAAGACAGCUUCGUAGAUUAUUCUGGAGCGAGCUUCUUGCAAGCCUUCCGGACCUGGCUCGAAAGCCUAAAACUGUUGCGCUUGUAAAGAAGGCACAAAUCUUAGGUAUAUUGCUGUGGCAUGGCAUCGCCUUCGACAACGGCAAACUGGACCGUGCUGUUGAAGAGGGGAAGGAUGACGGAGAGAUCGAGAGACUAGAUGCCUUCCUAUUAUCCCCUCUGAUGACAGGAACUCGCAAAUUAAGGGCUGUUCGUCCACGUAUAGAAGCACCUUUUUCGUUUCUACGUGGGCUUGUAUUUGGUAAAGCCUGACAGUGUAUAACAGCGUACGCUUAUCAGGGCUUGUAUCUGUAAAUUGGCAUCCACGGAUAUUUUAAUCACUAGUACUCUAAUUCAGGGCAAAGACGAAUGUAGGAUAUGAUCUUUGGGGGGUUCACGAG